UAAAAAGGUAGAUGCAUCCUGCGUCUAUACUACCAUCUCAGCAAGAAAAGACUCAAGUCAAUCAAUCAAUCAAUCAAGCAAGCAUCUCCAGAAUCCCAUCCCCCUCCUCAACCAAACCACCACCUCCUCAAAAAAAACCACCAAAAUGAAAUUCUCCACCCUCGCAACAACCCUCGGCCUCACAGCCCAAGCCACCGCCCUCGGCCGCGCCGUCGUGCACAACAACUGCGCCGAACCCGUCUACCUCUGGUCCGUCGGCGGCGCCGUCGGCCCCCGCCAGACGCUCCACCCGAACGAAAUCUACAGCGAGAGCGUCCGCCACGACGCCGCCUCCGGCGGCGUCUCGCUGAAGAUCACCCGCGGCCCGGACGGCCUGUGGGACGGGUCCGCGCAGACGAACUUCGCGUACUCGCUGACCGGCGAUCGCGUGUGGUAUGAUUUGUCGAAUGUGUUUGGGGCGCCGUUUGAGGGGGAUGCGCUCAGUGUGAAUAGUGAUGAUCCGAGCUGUGGGAAUAUCUGUUGGGCGGAUGGCGUGAACCCGGGUGGGAACCAUGUUAGGGAUUGUUCGGCGGAGGCGACUGAGGUUUUGACGCUUUGCGCGUGGGAUUGUUAGUUACAUUCCCGGGUUGCUGGGUAUUGGAUUGGAUUGGU